GCCGAGGGGGUAUAUUUUGGAAAGUGGGGCUUGUCCCGGGGCGCGGUCUGUUCCUCGGCGCGUCUGCGGAGAAGCUGCUUCCCGAGCAGGUGUCUGGACCGUGGCAGGGCUCAGCGUCCUGGGUUGCCGGGGGAGCGCCCGGAGCGGGGAGAAGCCUUGCCUUUGGGUGGGCUCUUAGGGGAGGCCUGGGCUGGGCGAGAAGCCGUCCCGGGGGCCGCGUCGCGCCGCCGGGGUCUCCUGCAGUUGUAGGUGACGGGAAAGAUUCGGGAUCAGUCCCGGCUGGCGGAGCUGCGGCGGGGCGGGGAGCGAGCGCCGCGUUCAGCAGAUCAGCGGACCGCUUCUCAGCGUUUGCAGGGGACGGGUGGCUCAGUACAUCCUCAGAGCUCACAGAAAUACAGCGAUCUUAGUAUCUUGCGCUGUUUUGACCUUGAUCCCAACAGCCGUGCAGAACCGACCCGGAGUCAUUGUAGUUCAGUUCCUUAAAAGAGAUACAAGUGCCCUUCAGCCGCGAUUAGGUUUCUUUUGGAAAUGUCUUCAUUCUUUCAAGCGCACUCAUUUGGCACCUGCUAGACUGGGGAGGAAAUUCCUCUUAGCGUGUUUGUAAGAAAACUCCUCGUUAAAUUCAGGACGGAAAGAUAGGUAAGGUUUCCAAGCUUCCGCUGGAGGGAGUUGAAAGUCAGAGGGGAAAAGAUAGUCCUAUCUUGACAACACAUUAUGCGCUCUCACCUCUCCCCUUGGCACCUGUCUAUGCUAUGACGUUUGGGAUUGUCCUUAUCUUUACCUGCAGCAUUAAGGAGGUGUCAGCAUCCAUAUAGUUCCAAAGCACAGAGUCCUUCUGAAAACUUUUUUUUGGACGGGCUGGAACUGAUGUAAAUGUGAUCAUGCUUCAGGAAUCCCAAGCUCAUGAUAUGUGUGCCAGCAAGCAGUUCUGUUAUGAAAACUCUCUUACCCCAAAGUGGCAUGAUAUAUGGACACGGAUACAGAUCCGGGUAAAUAGUUCCAGAUUGGUUCGAGUCACCCAGGUGGACAAUGAGGAGAAACUGAAGGAGCUAGAGCAGUUUAGUAUCUGGAACUUUUUUUCCUCCUUUUUAAAAGAGAAAUUGAAUGACACCUAUGUUAACGUGGGUCUGUACAGCACAAAAACCUGCCUCAAAGUUGAGAUUAUAGAGAACGACACCAAGUACAGUGUCAUUGUGACCCGGAGAUUUGACCCCAAACUCUUCCUCAUUUUCUUCCUUGGACUUAUACUGUUUUUUUGUGGAGACUUGCUGAGCAGGAGUCAGGUUUUCUAUUAUUCCACUGGGAUGAGUGUGGGAAUUGUGGCUUCUCUCCUAAUCAUCAUUUUUAUACUGUCCAAGUUUAUGCCGAAGAAAAGCCCCAUUUAUGUCAUCCUGGUGGGAGGCUGGUCCUUUUCUCUGUACCUUAUUCAGCUGGUUUUUAAGAACUUACAGGAGAUCUGGAAGUGUUACUGGCAGUAUCUUUUAAGCUACAUCGUCACGGUUGGAUUCAUGAGUUUUGCAGUGUGUUACAAAUACGGGCCCUUGGAGAAUGAACGAAGUAUCAACUUGCUGACUUGGACCUUGCAGCUGAUGGGCUUGGGUUUCAUGUAUUCUGGCAUCCAGAUACCACGCAUUGCCCUUGGCGUUGUCGUCAUUGCGCUGUGUACUAAGAAUCUGGAGUACCCUAUUCAGUGGCUGUACAUCACCUACAGAAAGAUGUGUAAGGCAAGAGAAAAGCCUGCUCCCCCUCGUCUUCUGACAGAAGAAGAGUAUCGGAUACAAGGAGAGGUAGAGACCCGAAAGGCUUUAGAAGAGCUCCGAACAUUCUGUAACAGUCCAGACUGCUCUCCUUGGAAGACCAUUUCUCGGAUCCAGUUUCCAAAAAGAUUUGCUGACUUUAUGGAAGGCUCUUUCCACCUCACACCAAAUGAAGUUUCUGUCCAUGAGCAGGAGUAUGGAUUAGGGAGCAUUAUUGCCCUGGAUGAGGAAGUAUCCUCUGAGGAGGAAGAUUCAGAUUCUGUCUACCCCACUGCGGCACAAAACAACCUCCUGCUGUAGAGGCUAGUCUUCCUUUCCUGUAGGAUGGCUUGGUGCCUUGGUGGUCCAUGUUGUAACCGGAAGGCAGAGGGAUAAUGCAGAGAUUCUCCCACUGAAAUGAGAGGCUUGUGUAGACCUCCCUCUGGGAGUGGCCUUGAUGGUCUCUGGGAUCGCUGAGGGAGGAGAAUGGGUGAAGCAGAGAGUGCUGUGGUACUUCACUUCCCACGGGUUAAGCUAUCAGCCCGUUUUUCUGUUACCAAGCAACUGGAUGUCCACUACCCACAUGGCAUUUUACUCCUCUUGAAAGUUGAUUCAGUCAUGACUUCUGUCACCAUGGCCGGCACUCCAGAGUGAGAAGUGGAACUGCAGUAACGCUUUCAGACCAUAGGCUGCAUCUGCCCCAGAGAAACCCACAAAUCUUUCACUUCAGCUUUUAUUUUGUGACUUUAGAAUAAUCCUUUAUUUAACUGUUUUUGGGGAAUAUUUUUUUUUUUUUUUUCUUUUUGAGACA